AUGGGUUACCGCGGGCGCAGAAAGUCUCUCAAGCGAGUGACAGCACCAAAGUCAUGGAUGCUGGACAAGACUGGCGGUGUCUUUGCCCCUAAGUGCAGUCCUGGACCCCACAAGUCCCGUGAGAGUUUCCCCAUGACUUUGUUUCUCAGGAACCGUCUCAAGUAUGCCCUCUCCUACCAGGAGGUGAAGAAGAUUGUCAAACAGAGGCUGAUCAAAGUGGAUGGCAAGGUGCGCACUGACCACACCUACCCCACUGGAUUCAUGGAUGUGGUGUCCAUUGAUAGGACCAAUGAGAACUUUCGUAUCCUGUACGAUGUGAAAGGCAGAUUUGUGGUGCACAGAAUCAAGCCAGAGGAGGCUAAGUACAAACUGUGCCGUGUGCGACGAAAUGGCACGGGUCAGAAGAAUGUGCCCUAUCUGACCACUCAUGAUGGCAGGACCAUCAGAUACCCUGACCCCCUGGUCAAGGUCAACGACACUAUCAUGGUGGACAUUGCUUCUGGCAAGAUGAAGGAAUUCAUCAAGUUUGACACAGGUAACCUGGUGAUGAUCACAGGUGGCCACAACUUAGGGCGUGUCGGAACAAUCAUCAACAGAGAGAGGCAUCCAGGAUCCUUUGAUAUUGUCCAUGUCAAGGAUGCCCUUGGACAUACUUUUGCCACCAGACUGUCCUACGUCUUUGUCAUCGGCAAGGGCAACAAGCCAUGGAUCUCUCUGCCUCGGGGCAAGGGUGUCAAGCUGACUAUCGCUGAAGAGAGGGACAGGAGGCUGGCCGCCAAGACUCAAUAA